AUGACAUCGGCCUCAUCGAGCUGCAGUGCGUCAUCGCGGCUGCAAAAAGAGUUCAUGGAACUCAUGAUGAGCCCCGCCGACGGCAUCUCCGCCUUUCCGCAGAACGACAAUCUCUUCCACUGGAUCGGCACUGUGCAGGGCGUCUCGCACACACCGUAUGAGGGACUAGAGUUCCGUCUCUCUAUUGAGUUUCCGCCAAACUACCCGUUUGAGGCUCCACUCGUGCGGUUCCUCACCCCGUGCUUUCAUCCAAAUGUCGACACCCACGGCGCCAUUUGUCUCGAUAUCCUCAAGGACAACUGGAGUGCAGUGUACACCGUCUCGAAGAUUCUCCUCUCCAUUCAAAAUCUCCUGGACAACCCAAAUAAUCAGUCACCACUCAACAACCGUGCGGCCAUGCUGUGGGCAAAUAAGGAGGAAUAUCGACAUGAGGUGCUUCAGGUCUACAGGGAAGCGAAGCGAAAUACGUGCUGA